GUACGUUGAGGGUAGACAACCUGAAUCGGAUGCAUCAGAAUAUUCCUGUAAUAACUAGUAAGUUGGAGAAAAUUCUUCCACCGGGUUUCUUCGAUGUGAUGGAACAUCUUCCAAUUCACCUUGCGGAGGAAGCUCGACUCGGAGGCCCAGUUCAUUGUCGUUGGAUGUAUCCCUUCGAGAGAACUAUUGGCAAGUCUAAACGGGGUGUCAAGCAGAAACAUAGAGUUGAAGGAUCAAUUUGCGAAUCCUACCUUGCUAAGGAAACAACUCAUUUCUGUUCUUACUACUUUGGGAAUGAUGUGCCAUGCUUGCGAAAUAGACCUAAUCGGCAUUAUGAAGGAGAUACCGCAACGAAGACAUUCUUCGAGCCAUUUCGACAUUUUAGAGAUCUGAGAGGGGUAAUGCACUUGACAAUCUUGACGGUGUAGUGAUGGCAGGUGAAAAAAAGGGUAAGAAAACAAAGAAGGCUAAGGAGACGGGGGUUUCCCAGAGACCACAACAAGACCUUGUGAUUAGAGAUAGAAGCCCGUCGCCACGUCUCCCCCGCACGCGGUGCUCCAUUGCC